AUGUCGUCGGACUCCGAGAAAAAGAAGCGAGAGGAGGCCCUAGGCGCCACAACUUCCGAUAUCGAAAGCUCCUACUCGCGCGAUGCAGUCUUCGGCGAGAUCACAGCCGAGGGUCCCAACUAUCGCAAUGUCGGAUGGCUGGGCACAGCCGUGCUGAUGAUGAAGACCCAGAUCGGUCUCGGCGUCCUCUCCAUCCCCGUCGCCUUCGAUUCGCUGGGGAUCAUCCCCGGCAUAAUCUGUCUCAUCGCCAUUGCGGCCAUCACCACCUGGUCCGACUACAUCAUUGGUGUUUUCAAGCUGCGGCAUCGCGAGGUGUAUGGCAUUGACGACGUGGGCCAGAUGCUCUUUGGGAAAUUUGGGAAAAUUGUUUUCGGGGGUGCUUUUAUUCUCUGGUGGACCUUCGUUGCGGGUUCGGGGAUGCUCGGCAUCAGUAUCGGUCUAAAUGCCGUAUCGACUCAUGCCACUUGCACCGCCGUGUUUGUCGCUGUGGCUGCGGUCGUCACCUGUACUCUGUCGAGUAUUCAGACUCUGGGCCGCAUCUCCUGGCUAGCGUGGGUCGGGUUAACAUGCAUUCUUACAUCCAUCCUCAUCGUGACCAUCGCGGUCGGCGUUCAAGACCGCCCAUCAGCCGCACCGCCAACGGGUGUCUGGGUUUCCGACUACAAGAUUAUAGGUAGCACAACAUUCGUGGAAGCCACAACAGCCCUCUCCACCAUCGUGUUCGCGUACGCCGGCACUCCGGCCUUCUUCUCCAUCGCGUCGGAGAUGCGCGAUCCCCGCCAUUAUGGUCGAUCGCUCAUGGUGUGCCAGUCUGUCGUGACCGUUUUCUACAUUGUAGUUGGAAUCGUGGUCUACUAUUACUGCGGGUCUUAUGUGUCGUCUCCUGCUCUGGGCUCCGCCGGUCCGACGAUGAAGAAAGUCAGCUAUGGCUUUGCGCUGCCGGGCUUGCUGGCUAGUACAUUGAUUUUCAUCCAUCUGCCGGCCAAGUAUAUAUUUGUCCGCGCCCUCCAAGGUUCCAGGCACCUGACUGCCAACACCUUCAUCCACUGGGGAUCCUGGCUCGGCUGCACAAUCGGAAUCUCCCUCUUCGCUUAUAUUAUUGCCAGCGCCAUCCCCGUGUUUGGUGAUCUCGUCUCGCUCGUUGGCGCCUUGCUCGGUACGCCGAUGUGCUUCCAUCCCAUGGCCGGCAUGUGGUUGUACGAUAACUGGACCCAAGGCAAGGUUAUUAGAACGACCCGGUGGACUUUGAUGGUCGGCUGGUGUAUCUUCGUUAUCUUGGCUGGCACUUUCUUGAUGAUUGGGGGGACGUAUGGAUCGAUUGUCAGCAUCAUCGACGACUAUAAGAAGUCCGGGGGUUCGGCUGCUUGGUCGUGUGCUGAUAAUUCUGUUGCUUGA